AUAAUUUGACCCAAGGGUUUAGAGCAGUAGCAGAGUGCAUACACAAACUCUAGCCUAGCACUCCCUCUACUAAACAAAUAGAAACAAAUUCAAGCAUCAGUCAAGUCUUCAAGGAGUUUUCUAGGCAGCUUUUUCACUUCUGUUCUUCACACUAACGUACAGCUACUCAUAGAAGUGUUUACUUUGUGUGGACACUUGAUGCUUCCUAGUAAGAACCUUGAUUUUCUUAGGGGAAAUAAACAGUUUUCUGUUCAUCUCUGACCUCAACCAUGGAAGGAUGUUGACGAUUGAAAUCGUUGUUAUGAAUAAACAUUUACUGAGAGCUACUAGGUGUAAGAGAAGUCCUGAAUAGAGAAACAUCAUUUGUAAAUUGCCUUUUGUAUGCUAAAUGUAAUGUUAGUAAUUUUGUUGAAUGCCCAUUAAAUCCCAUUUAAUGAAUAGAUAGGGAUGUGCAUUGACGGAGGGUAAUCUUAUUCAGUUGAGGCUUUUAAUGUUUGGUGUAAAUAACUAAUGCCAUUCAAUAAUCCUUGAGUUUCCUUUAUGAGAAUGUUGGUCCUUGAUCUAGUUGUUAAGAGUUCCCGUUUCCCAUAGAAACAAAAGGUCCUAUUAGAGUAUAGAGAAACAGGAAGUUUGGGUUUCUCUUCCGGUUCAUACCGGAAGUUGACGCAAAGCAGCCGCACGUGAAUACCCCUCGAGAGUAUGCCGCUUGUCGUAGUUUGCGGGCUGCCAUGCAGCGGCAAGAGCCAGCGUACGGAGGAGCUACGUCGGGCACUGACCGGCGAGGGUCGCACGGUGUAUGUGGUGGACGAUGCUUCGGUGCUGGGCGCGCAGGACUCGACUGUGUACGGCGACUCUGCGGGUGAGAAGGCGCUGCGUGCUGCGCUGCGGGCGGCGGUCGAGCGGCGCCUGAGCCGGCAGGACGUGGUCAUCCUAGACUCCCUGAACUACAUCAAGGGGUUCCGCUACGAACUGUACUGCCUCGCGCGGGCCGCGCGCACGACGCUAUGCUUAGUUUACUGCAUACGGCCGUACUGGCCGAGCCGCGGGCUCCAAGUGGCUGCCGCCUCUGAGAACCCGGACCCGGCUGUCAGUGUGAGCUGGAGGCCGCGCACCGAGAACGGAGAGAAGCCUCAGGCGUCCGGCGCUGUGGAGGAACAGCCCGCCGCCAGCCCGGGAGCAAAUUGGGGAGUCCCGGCCGCUGUCCCCAAGGAACUGGAUCCAGAGGAAAUCCUGCCGUCAAAUCCUCCAGCUGUAAUGACUCUGGAGUCCGAGAAAUCUGCAGAGCCGGCGGCCUGUGCCUUUCCUCCAGAACUUUUGGAGUCCUUAGCGCUGCGCUUUGAGGCUCCCGACUCCCGGAACCGCUGGGAUCGACCCUUGUUCACCGUGGUGGGUUUAGAAGAGCCAUUGCCCCUGGCUGAGAUCCGGUCUGCACUGUUUGAGAAUCGGGCUCCCCAACCCCAUCAGUCUACGCAGUCCCAGCCCCUAGCCUCUGGCAGCUUUCUGCACCAGUUGGAUCAGGCCACCAGCCAGGUGUUGACCGCUGUGAUGGAAGCACAGAAGAGCGCUGUACCCGGAGACUUAUUAAAGCUUCCUGGCACCACAGAGCAUCUCCGAUUUACCCGUUCCUUGACCUUGGCAGAAUUGAGUCGCCUCCGACGCCAGUUUAUUUCCUAUACUAAAAUGCAUCCCAACAACGAGAACCUGCCUCAGUUGGCCAACAUGUUUCUUCAGUAUCUGAACCAGAGUUUGCUCUAAUGGGGUAGUGGGUGGCAGCAAUGGCUUUUAUCAGAAUUCCAUUGUACUUCGUCUAGAAAGAAUAGUGCGAAGGCCUGCAAAGCAUACUGUAGUACUACGAUUGCUAAGUUUGGCUCAUUUUCUUAACUGCCUCUGCUAUAUCUUGAGUGUGCCGCAUACGCUGAGGCAUUGAGUGCUAACUCCAAAAAUACCAGGUGCCUUCGGUUGGAGUCUACUUAGGGAUACUACAAACCACUGUUUUCCUUCCAUCGGGAUGGAGAAUUGUUUUAAGUCAACUGUAAGUAAAAACCGAAGAUAACAGUUUUGUAUUUAUGAUGUACCUUUCAUACUACAAGUAUUUUUGAGCACAGUGCCUCUUGCUAUCUCUCCUGGAACUCGAACACAGAUAAAUCUUCUGUUUCUGGGAAACUGAUAUUUGUGUAAGACAACCAUAAGAUAUUUCCUCUAAUAAAAUCUUCUAAAAUUG